GAAAACUCAUAAAAUUGCAGCUGAAACGGGAGAGAGGAUGCGGUCGGUAAGAACACAUUUAACAGCCUGUUGGUCGCAGAAGUUGACAGUGAUCAUCAUACAAUCAAAAUAUCCUCUCUUUCUUGCGUUGGAGGGUUUAAAUAGGUAAAAGAAACGAUAAGGACUAUAGUACGGGACAUGCACACUUGGAAAUCAGAGGUCCAGAUGCAGAAAUCUGCAGCUCUCAUUGGGAUGGUCAGUCAUCAGACUGAUUUCACCGAGCUCACUUUCUCCAUGUUCAGCAGUAAAGCAGACAUCUGCCCGAAACGCGUUCCUGCUGACGGCUGUGGCUCGAAUCCCGCCUCGAUACAGAUGCGCUGCGGGUCCGAAGAUCUCAAACUUCACGCGCAUCACACCGCCAAGCUGCACUGCUUCACCAUGUCACCUGGAGAGGUGAAUGGAGGCUGUAUCUCGUUCUGUUCAGAGAAGGAGAGCACCUGUGAGCUGACAGCAGAAGAAGGACCAUCACUGCGCUGCGGACAGAGCCUGUCAGUUCAGUCUGGAGCUCCGUACCAUCACAACAGUCACUGUGAACAGCCCACACACACUCUACACCUGCAGGAAAGCCCAAGUCCAGACACCGGGUCUGCUGGCUUUCAGACGGAUCUCAGCUCAUCGUCUCUGUCCGCCGGCGUCAAUGGGUGUCAUGCCUUGCCCUCGUACCCCAUCAAACAGGAGGGCUACAAGCUGGGAUCGUCCCUGGGCGAAUUUUCAGGAGGGAUGGGAGCGGUUCGCAGGGAUAUGGACUGUCAGGGUAGCAAUGAUGGUAACUUAGCAACUGUUCUGUCGUUGUCGGCAAUGGCGGUGACUGUGUAUCCAUUUAAUAAUGAAGAUGGCUCCACCCCGCUGGCUUUGUCCCCGAGCUCACGUCACUCAGCAAGGCCAAACGCAAGCGGACUGAAGAGACGGUGCCUCUCGGUGGCCUCCCAGUCCGCCUCGGAGGGAAUCGAUAUCGUCGCCAACAUCUGCUCCUCCCAGAUGUCCUGCAUUAACGGCCUGCGCACCAAUUCGUCAUCGCCCACCGCCGGCACGUUCUCCCACAGGUCUCUCUCCGCACCCAGCCCUCAGUUGCCGUCACCUUCCACCUCGUCCUGUCUCCUGCCCCUCUCCUCUUCGUCAUCGUCCUCCUCGGUGUCCUCAGUUGAGCAUUGUGAGGACGUGGGCUCCAUGCAGCCCGGGCCCACUGGUGUGGGGAGCAGCGACGGGCUCGGACUUCUGAUACAGCCCGCUGCGUUAUUGGAUGGCUGCACCCCAACGCUGAAACAAGAACCGGCGGAUGAGUUCUCUCCAAGUGAGGAGGAGCUCUUUCAGCAUCACUAUCAGCAUCUGACGAGCCGCGCAAGCCACUGCGGUGGGCAUUCCCAACAUCACCACCAUCACCACCACCAUCAGACUGGCCCCCCACGGCCGCCCAUGCCCCCUCCCUACCACCUGCACCAGUACAUGGGCUCCGGCCCAGGAACCCUACUGCAUCUUCAGAGCCAACAGCAGUCUCCACCCUCAGGCCUGCUGGCACAGCCCAAACAAACGGGCCUGGUGGAGCAGCAGGUGGGCGACAGGGAGGACGUGUUUAGCGAUAAACAGGUUUGCCGUUGGAUCGACUGCAGCGCAGCAUAUGAGCAGCAGGAGGAGCUGGUUAGGCACAUCGAGAAGGUCCACAUCGAUCAACGCAAGGGCGAGGACUUCACCUGCUUUUGGGCCGGAUGCGUCCGACGCUACAAACCCUUCAACGCCCGAUACAAGCUGCUCAUCCACAUGAGGGUUCACUCUGGAGAGAAACCCAACAAAUGCAUGUUUGAAGGGUGUAACAAAGCCUUCUCAAGGCUGGAGAAUCUGAAGAUUCACUUGAGGAGUCACACAGGAGAGAAGCCGUAUCUGUGCCAGCACCCGGGCUGUCAGAAAGCCUUCAGCAACUCCAGCGACAGGGCAAAGCACCAGCGCACACAUCUGGACACUAAACCAUAUGCGUGUCAGAUCCCAGGAUGCACCAAGCGCUACACAGACCCCAGUUCCCUCCGCAAGCACGUGAAGAUCCACUCUGCCAAAGAGCAGCAGGUGCGUCGAAAGCUUAGGGCCUGCCCCCAUUUAGAAUCAGAUGCUCUGAGUGAAUGUCUGUCAAUCCAGCAUCUACAUGGCUCCGCCCCUUCCCAGCAUUCCCACUGCCCUGCCAGCUCUCAGCACUCUCUGAAUGGGAAAGAAGGUCGUUCCCCAGCACUCGGGCAGGAGAUGUUCACGGGCCUGUACGCCGGCUCCAGCACGACACACAAUGGAGCCCCACUUGAGUUGCUCUCUUCUGGACCCGACUUGCCGCCCAGGCAGCCCCGCAUGGACCGUGACAUUGGCAGCCCCCAUCAUCUCUCCCCGCUGUCCGGCCUCGAAAACACCCGAGAAGGGUUAUCCGGAGCUUUGCUGUCUCCAGGGAUCAGUCUUCUGAAGGCCGCUACGUCUCCUCCACCAACACUAGAGAAGCAGAACAACUCCUCCAACCAGCAACAUCUCCACACACAUCACAAACCCUACAGCACCUUCCACAACCUGCCAUCCAGUGAGGAUUAUCGUGGAAACUUCCAGAGCUGUUUUCAUUUUGGUGACAGCUACAGAAUGGAUCAGUCCAUCGGCGGCGGCCAUCAACCUGCAGAGUCGCACAAUUUCAACCCAAACCCACACAAUGGUUUUCACAUGAGCUGCUCCACCAGCACCUCCUCCACAGGUUUCAGCUUGGUGCCGGACAUCAUAGGGUCAGGUUGCCAGUUCUCGCCGGGCACCGAGGAGAGUGUCUUCUUCCAGGUGGGCGGCUUUGAUCGCGGCUUGAGCCAAAUGUCAUCAGUGUACACAGAGACGUAGAGCCAGCUCACCUGUCCACCAUCAACACUAAUGUCUUCUUUUAGACCAAACGCUCUUUUUUUAUUCUACUUUCAUCUAUGCAGUUUCAACCCGUCUCAGUUUCUUCAGCAUUCGUCUUUGUUGUUGAUUGUGCAGUGCAUCCAGAAAGUAUUCAUAGCGCUUAACUUUUCCCAUAUUUUUUUGUUACAGCCUUAUUCCAAAGUGUAUUAAAUUCAUUUAUUUUCUCAAAACUCUACACACAAUACACCAUAAUGACAAUGUGAAAAAAGAUUUUUUUUUUAAUUGUUGCAAAUUUAUUAAAAAUAAAAAAGCUGAAAAAUCACAUGUACAGAAGGAUUCACAACGUUUGUCGUGAAGCUCUAAAUUGAGCUCAGGUACAUUCUGUUUUCACUGACCAUUCUUGAGAUGUUUCAGCAGCUUAAUUGGAGUUCACCUGUGGUAAAUUCAGUUGAUUGGACAUGGUUUGAAAAGGCAUACACCUGUCUGUAUAAGGUCCCAGGGUUGACAGUGCAUGUCAAAGCACAAACCAAGCAUGAAACAAAGGAAUUGUCUGUAGACCUCCAAGGCAGGAUCGUCUCGAGGCACAAGGCUGGUGAAGGUUACAGAAAAAUAUCUGCUGCUCUGAAAGUUCCAAUGAGCACAGUGGCCUCCAUCAUCCGUAAGUGGAAGAUGUUUGGAACCACCAGAACUCUUCCUAAAGCUGGCCGGUCAUAUAAGCUGAGUGAUCGGGGGAGAAGGGCCUAAGUCAGAAAGGUGAUCAAUAACCCGAUGGUCACUUUGUCUGAGUUCCAGCAUUCUUCUGUGGAGAGAGGAGAACCUUACAGAUGGACAACCAUCUGUGCAGCAAUCCACCAGACCUGUAUGAUAGAGUGGCCAGACGGAAGACACUCGCCACCUGGAAUUUGUCAAAAGGCAUCUGAAGGACUCUCAGACCAUAAGAAACAAAAUUCUCUGGUCUGAUGAGACUAAAAUUGAACGCUUUGGAGUAAAUGUCAGGCGUUAAGUAUGGAGAAGACCAGGCACUGCUCAUCACCAGGCUAAUAUCAUCCCUACAGUGAAGCAUGGUGGUGGCAGCAUCAUGCUGUGGGGAUGUUUUUCAGCAGGAACUGAAAGACUAGUCAGCAUAGAGGGAAAGAUGAAUGCAGCAAUGUACAGAGACAUCCUGAAUGAAAACCUGCUUCAGAGUGCUCUUGACCUCAGACUGGGGCGAUGGUUCAUCUUCCAGCAGGACAAUGACCACACCGCCAAAUAUCAAUGUAGUGGCUUCACAACAACUCUGUGAAUGUUCUUGAGUGGCCCAGCCAGAGCCCAAACCUAAAUACUAUUAAACAUCUCUGGAGAGAUCUGAAAAUGGCUGUACACUGUCACUUCCCAUCCAACCUGAUAGAGCUCAUGAGGUGCUGUAAAGAGAAAUGGGCAAAAAUUCCCAAAGACAGGUGUGCCAAGCUCAUAUUGGCAUCAUAUUCAAAAAGACUUGAGGCUGUAAUUGCUGCCAAAGGUGCAUCAACAAAGUAUUGAGCAAAGCUGUGAAUUUUAAAGAAAAUCUUUUUUCACAUUGUCAUUAUGGGAUAUUGUGUGUAGAAUUUAAGGAAAUAAAUUCAUUUAAUCCAGUUUGGAAUAAGGCUGUAACAAAACAAAAUGUGGAAAAAGUAAAGCGCUAUGAAUAUUUUCCUGAUGCACGGUAUUUAAAGCCUUGUUGGAUUAAAACCCCUCAGUGGACUGAAAUAUUAUCAGUUUCCUCCAUUAAACAAAAAGCUGCUGCUCCACCACACCGAAUGGUCAAUCAUGAGAGCUUGGUGUUUAUUUGUAGGAUGAAAUUGCACUUUUUUUUCCCACAGUGUUCUCAAAGAUAUCUCAGUAGGCACCUUGAUGUCAAAACAGCAUCAAAUCGACAUCAGCAAUGAUGUCAAAAACGCAAAUCGGUUUGAUGUCAAACUCUUGACAUUGACCACCAAAAUAAUGAUACAAAAAGUAUAAGAAAGGUUUUAUUCAUCUGAAAGCUUCAAUCACAGAUUAACAUUAAGUUUUGUAAAAAAAAAAAAAAUCCAGGACAGUCCAGUAAUCUAUUUUUUUUUUAAUGCUAAUUUGAUGUCGUAUUGACAUAAUGGUAGUCAAUUGACAUCAAAUAGAUUUGCAUUUUUGACUUGUUUUUGUAACAAGGUGCCCACUGGGAUGUUGACAGUCCCCUGAAUUCUGGCUUGUCGUCAUCACGACAUCGCUAGUCUUAAUAAAUCCAGCUGGUCAGCGCUGAUCUAAUUGUGACCCUGGAAGGGUUUGAACAAAACUUCAGAACGGCCGCAUCUGUGCUCAUCAGUGAUGAGAUCCACAUUUCCCUCUCCCAGCUCUCGUUCUCUCAUUGUGUUGGAAACAAUUAUUUAGUGUUGCUGUGUUUUGUCAGUGAAUGUUUGCAAAUGUUUGUAUUGCUUUGUCAUUCGGUUGUCAUCAUCCCAGAUAAACAGAGUUCUUUAUUUUGUAACGGUUGAUGGCUUUAAUAUCUACCACACUUUCAGCGUAUGUAUAAAAUGUACAGUUUUUGUUUAAUAUUAAUAAUUAUGUCAGUCUCUCGAUCUCUGAAAAAAUAAAUGACUCUUGAA